UCUCUCCUCACAACUCGGGAAAGAGAGAGAAAAAAAAAAAAGAGUGAGGAAUUCGGAGAUAAGCAUGGCGAACGUGAAGUUGGCUUGUGGCCUGGUGUUGUUUGUGGUGGUAGCUGGGGCUCUGACCACCGAGGCUCUGACUUGCAGCCAAGUAGCAUCUGCUCUGGGGCCAUGUCUCGCUUACUUGCAAGGCCAAGCUGGUAAUUCUCCGACGGCAGCAUGCUGCGCCGGUGUCAGGAGCCUUAACAGUGCAGCCCAAACGACACCGGAUCGGAGAACCGCUUGCCAGUGUCUGCAGAGUGCGGCCAAGGCUACCAAAUUUGAUCUCAGUAUUGCUGCUAGUCUUCCCGGCCAAUGCGGCGUUAGCAUUCCCUACAAGAUCAGCACCAGCACCAACUGCAACACCAUCAAGUGAAGAAAUUCAUACGAUAUCGCAGGAGAUUACAGUAGCGUGCAUGCAUCGUCAAACUAAUAAAAAUAAAAAUGCCGAGUCUGUCUGUCUGUCUGGGUCUUAUAAUUUAUCCACUGUAGUUUUUCUUUUUUGAAGGAGUAUAAUUUUCUUCUACUUGUACUUUGAUCACGUGCAUGUGAUCUGUACGUUGUGUGCUACCAGCUUAGCUUCAUAAACUUUUACUUACUUCUCCUAAUACCCAAUUAUAAGUAAUUUUUUCUUUUCUUUU